AUGAAGACAGAGAGUUUCUCCACCCCCAGUUCUAUUCCCUCUCCAAAAAUCGCUCUGCCCAAGAGUAAUUCGCAAAAUAGCACACCGAAAACCCCUCCAAAUGCACGCAUGCUAUCUCCACCAGGAGCUCCACGUCAACGUCGAUAUCUUCGCUCGGGAGUAACUCAACAAUCAAAUGGAUCAUUUAGAACUCCGCGCAACUUUGGAGAUAGACUGAAUGACACAGCCUAUAGUCCAACACCACGCCCGGGACAGAAUAACAGAGACUCACGCUCUCGUUCACCUCCAAGAGAUCGUGCGCCUGUGUACCGAAGCCGAUCCCCGGUAAAUGACCGUCUGUUUGGCGGACGAUCGACUCAACAGUCAUCUUUCUUGAUCGAAUCCAUUGAACAAGACACCGUUUUGAAUCAUGUACAACCUUCCAGAUCAUACAAUAUGAAUGAGGGAUUUCAGGGUAUGAUAUCCCCAGCAGAUGCCGAGCGUAAGAAGCAAGGUUCUGGAAAAAAAUCGUCCGGACUACCAGAUAAUAAGACUACUCAGACGAAAGCCAAAGACAUCGAUUCAAGUAGCAACAAAAAGUCAUCCAAGGAUUCUAGUGACGAGAAGCGUAGUUUCUGGUCAAAUAAGUCUUCAACAUAG